AUGUCUUCGCAGUCGACCUCGGCCACUCCCUUCUCCAUCGCUGCCGACCUGCACCCGUGUCGCCUACUAGAGCUCCCUCCAGACUUACUCGAAUACCUCAGCGCAUCCGAUGCUCCCACCCUGAGCUUCAAAGCCAAAGAUGCGACGGAUCCUGAAGCCUUCUUGACCACGACACACAAGACCUACCUCAUACGCCAGGUCCACACCUCCAACACCGUCUAUCUCACAACCCCUACCCACGACGCUCCUGGUGCCACCGCCGUCUCGCAAUGCCGCUCAGCCCUCGAGUGUCUACCCGCGCCCGUCCGUCAUGCCGAAUCCACCCUCCGCUCCCUCUUGAUACCUUUCGGUGAACCGCAGGACCUAGACUUUCGCCCAUCCAACCCGCAGUCCAAAGACUACGUAUUUGCGCACACACCAAUGAGCCACGACGAGUGCCACACCGUCUGGAAAGACCUAGUCGCCUUUGAGCACGCUGGUCAGAGCUUCCGUCCUACUGCCGUCGCCCUCGCGAAAGUCUGGAAAUGGUUGUUGGAAAUUGCAUACGCAAAUGCUGUCGACCUGGCAGAGCCUGUACAGAAAGAGUCAGUUGACAAAAUGCUCGACGGGGAAGACGAGUGGCCAAGGGGUCUGGUUGACGCCAUCUUCUUGAAGCUAUCUGGAGACCACCAAGACUUGCUGCAUCUUCAGCAGCACGCUACCGUUGAAUGGGUGGGUACCAACACACUGGAGUCACAACGCCAGAACAAUAACAACCAUCCGGUCAUGGAUACCUCUGUAUUCCUGGACACUUGGAAAGACGCCCUACCCGAGACCUGGCGGUCUGAGCCAAACCUUGACAUGCUCAAGGCAAGUCCAUCUUGUUGCAAUGUGUGGGCAUGGCUAACGGUCGGACAGGGGUUGUACAAGCUAUCAGGAGGCGGGAAACGCAUCGAGUUUGUCCACAACCAAAAUGCAUACGCCGAAGAAGCUACUGCUGGCGCGCCCAUCCCAUCGGCAACUACGACUGCUGGGAAGAGGAAAUGGCACGAAAAGUUCGCCGCGGCGAGGAAGCAAGGCAAGCCGUUCUGA